AUGGGCCCGAAAGAACCAACACCGCAUCAAAUCUCCCGAGGUUUGGAGUAUGUGCACAAAGAGCCUUCAUUUCUGGCGAAACUGAAAGGCAAGCAACAGGCUGAUAUCAAAGCCAAGCAAAAAUUCGAAAACUACACUGAUGGACAAGACGACGAUGACUAUGAUGAGCUGGAAGGUGCUCAAGUAGUUGUUCUGGAUAAGCAUGGCAAAGAGGUUCAUGAGAAACCUCCGGUCUCUGACGACGAAGAUGAUAAGAAUAAGAAAGACGAUGCCGAUGCUGAUAACGAUGAACCGGCGGUUGACGCCAACGGUCGAAUACUGUUUCGCGCUCGCAAAAAGACAAAAGAGCCUGCUAAACGAAAAGAGCGAGAAGACGACACAAAAGUCAAAUCUUCAAAAAAGAAGAAGGCUAAAAACACAACCAACCUGCUUUCUUUUGAAAACGACGACGAAUAA